GACAUCACACAGAAAGGCUAUGAGAAGAAACGAGCCAAGCUGCUGGCCCCCUUCCUCCCUCAGAUCACCAGUAAGUACUGUACUUUAUCUUCCUCUUCCUCCCUCAGAUCACCACCAAGUAAUUUAUCUUCCUCUUCCUCCCUCAGAUCAUCACCAAGUACUUUAUCUUUCCGCUUCCCUCCCUCAGAUCACCAUCCAAGUACUUCAUCUUCCUCUUCCCUGUCCCCUCAGAUCACCACCAGUACUCUUUAUCUUCCUCUUCCUCCCUCAGAUCACCACCAAGUACUUAUCUUCCUCUUCCUCCCUCAGAUCAUCACCAAGUACUUUAUCCUUCUCUUCCUCCCUCAGAUCACCACCAAGUACUUUAUCUUCCUCUUCCUCCCUCAGAUCACCACCAAGUACUUUAUCUUCCUCUUCCUCCCUCAGAUCACCACCAAGUACUUUAUCUUCCUCUUCCUCCCUCAGAUCACCACCAAGUACUUUAUCUUCCUCUUCCUCCUCUCUCUACUCCUCCUCCUCUUCUACUCCUCCUCCUCUUGACAUUUAUAAUCCAUGUGUCUCCUCAUUGCAGAAGGUGACAUAGUAGCAUAGAGUUUUCAGCCUAACCCCAGACUCAAACGCAUGCCUUUUCAACUAUGUCUGUUUUGCAUCAACAAGUCAUUUUCAUGGGGAAAGAAUGCACAGAGAAACCAAAACUGUUCCACAAAUAGUGGGUAGGCCUAACUGUACUGACCCCCGCCUCCCCCCAUCCAUAACAUCUGUUUCAUGGCUCUCUGCUGUGUCCUAGUGGUGGAUUAAGGAACAGCGUCAUUAUUGCUCAAACAUGUAUUAAAUGCAGCUAGCCUGGUGUUCCUUGACCCCCUUCACUUCAAACUUAUUUUGCCCUUGUCCAAUUUCUAGCUAUGGCAGUUAGUCACUCGCUAGGGUGUAGCCUACAAUUUCUUCCCCCUCUAGCUCUAGUCGGCCUGAACUCACGGGUCAGUUCCAGUCAGUCUCCAUGGAAGGCCCGGAGUCAGCCAACAGACUGCCACUGGAGGAUGUCCAUGUCAAGUGUGUGUCAGUUUGUGGUGUGACCAAAUCAAAAUCAUGCCUAUUGGGGAACCCUGCUCUAGUGCAUUAGUUAUCAAACGAUUGCUUAAUUACCUGGAAAAUGACUCCAGGAAAAUCCCAAGUCUCUCAAGGUGUGGCACCAUCUGAUGUUGCUUCCGUAUGUAACGUUGAUAAUGUACCCAGGUCGUCAGAGUUGGCAUUAGGAUGCUUUGAACCUGAAAGAUCACCUCCUGCUUGUUCUGGCUGCGCAUCGGAGCUUUCAUCUGCUCGGUGUGUGUUUGUGUGUGUUUGUGUGUCUUUCUGAAUGUUUGGGUGUGUGUGUGCAGUGUGUGUGUUAGAGCCAGGUGUCAACCAUCCUAUCUCUCUGUCCAGGUGUGGAGUUAGCUCUCCCAGACAUCCAGCAGCAGUCGUCCUCCGGCCCUACCAGCGGUGAACCCAGCCCUGACUGUAGCCCUGCCAGUCCUGAGGCCUCUAGCCCCUCGUCUUCCUCCGGGGGGCGCAGAAACCGCAGCGGGGGGGCCAGGGACGACCGCUACAGAUCAGGUACAGAGACACACACACACACAAUGUACAUUCAUACAAUCCUUUUGGAGAUCACUGUAUCUACCUCUAUCACUCCAGUAUCCCUGCACAUUGUAAAUAUGGGACUGGACCUGACCCUGUUUAUAGUUGACUUACUUCUCCUGUUCUUCUUAUUUUUAUUUUUAUUUCUUGGUGUUUUUGUUCUACCUUGUUAUUUUUAGUUCUACAUUGAUAUUGAUUACUGCAUUGUUGGGGUUAGAGCAAGAAAGGCAUUUUACUGUACUUCUGCACAUGACAUUAAAACUUGAAACAUAUUCAGAUUCUCAACAUUAAGCAGGAAACAAUCCAUGCUGUACAGAGGAAAUGACAUCCAACAACAACAACAGCAACAAGGAUGUGUACAAGCCAAGUAGACUGAAUAAGGGAAUGUUGAUACAAAUGUUGAAAUUGAGCUACAUGUUAAGGUGCAACACACACUGAACACACACACUGAACACACACACUGAACACAAUGGACACACACACACACUGGACACACACACACACUGAAAACACACACACAGACUGAACACACACACAGACUGAACACACAGACUGAACACACACACUGAACACACACACUGAACGCACUUACACACACUGAACACACACACUGAACGCACUUACACACACUGAACACACUCACACACACUGAACGCACACACACACUGAACGCACACACACACACUGAAAGCACACACACUCACACUGAACACACACACACACGCUGAACACACACACACUGAACACACACUGAACACACACACACUGAACACACACACACUGAACAAACACACACUGAACACACAAACACUGAACGAACACACUGAACACACAGACACACACGCACACACUGAACACACACUCACACUCACACUGAACACUCACACUGAACACACAUACACACACUGAGCACAAACACACUGAACACUGAACACACACAGAUCUCUACCAUGCAUGGCAUGACAGUAGGAGUGGGGUGUGUGGGGGCUGGUGCCUGGCUUAAGGAUAGUGGUUGGUUCUGAUUGUGACUAAGGAGUCUAGUGGAAAACAGUUGGAGCAGUGACUGCCCUGCUCUUCCAUCCCUGUAUUACUGUCUGUUGUCUUUCUAUUCUCUUGUUCCUGUUCUCAUUCUUUCGCUCCCUCUCCGUCAGAUAUCCACACGGAGGCGGUACAGGCAGCGUUGGCCAAACACAAGGAGGAGAAGAUGGCGUUGCCCAUGCCCACCAAGCGCCGCUCAGCCUUCGUCCAGUCACCUGUAGACAACUGCACCCCUCCAGGUCACUACAAUAGAGAUCAAACUAUGUUCUAUGUAGGAUUGCAAAAUUUCACGAACUUUCCCCACAUUUUCUGGUUUUCCAGAUAUCCUGGUUGGAAGAUUCCUGGAAUUUUUAUGGAAUAAGCAGGAAAUCCGGGAGUCCUCCAACCAGGAUUUUUGGGAAAACCAGGGAAUUUUGGGAAUGUUACCUCAAUUUUGCAACCCUAGUUAUAUGUUUGAGUAGUACUCUGUGGUGGUCAAUAACUAACCCUGGUCCUGAAGAGAUACAGUACAGGGUGUGCACUGUGCAUGCUUUAGUUCCAGCCCAGCAUUAACACACCUGACUCAGCGCACUCAAAGUCUUGAUGUAAAGUAACUUUUGAUGAGUUGGUUUAGGUGUGGGUCGGGACAAAAGCCUGCACGCCCUGUAGCUCUUCAGGACCAGGGAUGGUUGGGUAUCACUGCUUUAUCUCUAGUAAGAACAGGAGGAUCCACUGUUCCCUGUUCACUAACAAUGUAACCCACCUGGGAUGUCACGGCAGUCAUUUUGCCCACAAAGCUCACCACACGUCACCUAAAUACUGUCUGGUAGCGUCUAUCACCUCUUGUGAAAUGAAUUUCAACUGCACCUCACUAAUGUCGCAGUUGUAAAUGAGAACUUGUUCUCAACUGGCUUACCUGGUUAAAUAAAGGUUAAAUAAAUAAAAAUUUUUAAAAUGUGGUUCUGUCUUCCUGUCAGACACGUCGUCAGCAUCUGAGGACGAGGGUUCCCUGCGUCGCCAGGUGGCUCUGAGUGCAGUGCUGGCCCAGAGCCUCCAGAGCCCAGAUUACUGGAUAAACCGCUCAGUGCAGAGCUCCUCCACCUCCUCCUCCGCCUCCUCCACCCUGUCUCACGGAGAGAAUAAGACUCCCACUUCCGCGCUGGCCGACAUACUGGCAAGCACACGCAUAGGUAACACACACACACUCUGCAAACACACACACACACACACACAACCACACGUGCAUAGGUAGACCAAUCCAAGAUGGCAUAGCAGUGCGGUCGUGUUCUUUGUUGUGUGUCUGUGUAAAUAGCCAGUUUUUUUGUAUUUUUUGUAUUUUUCGUACAUAUUUCCCUAUCACACUUUUAAUCCUUCUACAAAAUAUACUUUCCUGCAACCCGCCUCACUCAAUGUGGAACGGAUUCUAUUAUUGACCUUUUAUCUAGAAUCUCCAGUUGAUACCAGCUAGCCAGCUAACUAGCUACUUGCUAUUAGCCACCGUUAGCGGUUUUCACCCAGAACAUCGGAUUUUCUGCCGGAAUAACUGAAUCACUGGACAUUAACACCGGAUCGCAACUAGCUAGCUGCAACCGAAUUGGAUGUUGCUGUUUGGCUAAUCACCACUGCCCCUGAAGCAAGCACCAGUUAGCCUUGAGCCAGGCCCAUAUCCCGGCUAUCUACCUCUCUGUCUACCGGACGGGAGUAGCCAGCUAACUAGCUACUUGCCAUUAGCCACCGCUAGCGGUUUCUCACCAUUGUCUGUGGCCUGCACUACCUACCAGCCAGCUCUAGUCUGGACUAUUGUCCGCCAGUCUGCACUGUCUGCACAGCGCGUUAUCGACCCAGAACAUAUCGGUUUUUCUGCCGGAAUCACUGAUUCACUGGACCUUUAACACCGGAUCAUCGUAGCUAGAUAGCUGCAAUCAAAUGGACAUUGUUGUUGGCUAAUCAGCCUCGAGCUAGCCGUGAGCCAGGCCCUUCUCCCGGCUAUCUACCUCUCUGUCAACCGGACGGGACCUCCUAGUGUUGACACGGAGCCCCAUCGAUCCAACACGACUGGUCUGCCGACAAAAUCGUCUGAUGUGAUUACAACAGGUUCUGCUAGCCCCGGCCCGCUAGCACACUCUAGCCGUGGCCUCUUGCUUGCUAGUGCUAUAGCAGCCCCCAAACUACCUCUGAACUCUCCUAUUGCUGUUCACCGGACCUUAUGAUAACUCAGCUAUACAGCUGAUGCCUGCUGGACUGUUCCUUUAUACGGUACCGCAUCCUGUUUAUGUUUUAGCCUCAGCCUAAACUUUGUUGCCAUUACCAGCUGUUGUCUUAGUUCUCGAAUAACACCUGUGAUUGCUUUAUGCCUCUCUCCCAUUUCAAUAUGCCUUGCUUAUUGCUGUUUCGGUUAUUUCUUAUUGUACUAUUUCACUGUAGAUCCCCCAGCCCAGCUCAACCUGCCAUAGAUGGCUCCUUUGUACCACCCCCCAUACACGCGGAGACGGACACAAUCAGUGCCUCCAGUGAUGCUAUCUCUUUCAUCGUUACCCAACGCUUAGAUUUACCUCCACUGUACUCAUAUCCUUCCUUAUCAUUUUCUGUACAUAAUGCCCUGAAUCUAUUCUACAACGCCCGGAAACCUGCCCCUUUUUUUCUCUGUACCCAACGCACUAGAAGACCAGUACUUAAAGCCUUUAGCCGUAUCCUUAUUCUACUCCUCCUCUGUUCCUCUGGUGAUGUAGAGGUUAACCCAGGCCCUGUAACCCCCAGUAUCACUCCUACUCCCCAGGCGUUAUCAUUUGUUGACUUCUGUAACCGUAAAAGCAUUGGUUUCUUGCACGUUAACAUCCGAAGCCUCCUCCCUAAGUUAUUCACUGCGUUAGCACACUCCGCCAACCCUGAUGUCCUAGCAGUGUCUGAAUCCUGGCUUAGGAAGGCCACCAAAACUUCAGAAUUGUCCAUCCCCAACUACAACAUUUUCCGUCUCGAUAGAACUGCCAAAGGGGGUGGGGUUGCAAUCUACUGUAGAGAUUAUCCAGGUCUGUGCCCAAACAGUUUGAGCUUCUACUUCUAAAAAUCCACCUUUCCAGAAAUAGUCUCUCACUGUUUGCCGCUUGCUACAGACCCCCCUCAGCCCCGAGCUGUGCCCUGGACACCAUAUGUGAACUGAUUGCCCCCCAUCUAUCCUCAGAGUUCGUACUGCUUGGUGACCUAAACUGGGAUAUGCUUAACACCCCGGCCAACCUACAAUCUAAACUAAACAAAUUAUCAACGAACCUACCAGGUACAACCCUAAAUCUGUAAACAUGGGCACCCUCAUAGAUAUCAUCCUGACAAAUUUAACCUCUAAAUACACCUCCGCUCUUUUCAACCAGGAUCUCAGCGAUCACUGCCUUAUUGCCUGCGUCCGUAAUGGGUCCCGCGGUCAAACGACCACCCCUCAUCACUGUCAAACGCUCCCUAAAACACUUUAGCGAGCAGGCCUUUCUAAUUGACCUGGCCCGGGUAUCCUGGAUGGAUAUUGACCUCAUUCCGUCAGUAGAGGAUGCCUGGUUGUUCUUUAAAAGUGCUUUCCUCUCAAUCUUAAAUAAGCAUGCCCCAUUCAAAAAAUUGAGAACUAAGAACAGAUAUAGCCCCUGGUUGACUUGACUGCCCUUGACCAGCACAAAAAUAUCCUGUGGCGUACUGCAUUAGCAUCGAACAUCCCCCGCGAUAUGCAACUUUUCAGGGAAGUCAGGAACCAAUAUACACAAUCAGUUAGGAAAGCAAAGGCUAACUUUUUCAAACAGAAAUUUGCAUCCUGUAGCACUAACUCCAAAAAGUUUUGGGACACUGUAAAGUCCAUGAAAAAUAAGAGCACCUCCUCCCAACUGCCCACUGCACUGAGGCUAGGAAACACUGUCACCACCGAUAAAUCUACAAUAAUCGAGAAUUUCAACAAGCAUUUUGCUACGGCUGGCCAUGCUUUCCACCUGGCUACCACUACCCCGGCCACCAGCUCUGCACCCUCCGCUGCAACUUGCCCAUGCCCCCCCCCCCCCCCCCGCUUCUCCUUCACACAAAUUCAGACAGCUGAUGUUCUGAAAGAGCUGAAAAAUCUGGACCCCUACAAAUCAGCUGGGCUAGACAAUCUGGACCCUUUCUUUCUAAAAUUAGCCGCUGAAAUUGUCGCAACCCCUAUUACUAGCCUGUUCAACCUCUCUUUCGUAACGUCUGAGAUCCCCAGAGAUUGGAAAUCUGCCGCGGUCAUCCCCCUCUUCAAAGGGGGUGACACUCUAGAUCCAAACUGUUACAGACCUAUAUCCAUCCUGCCCUGCCUUUCGAAAGUAUUUGAAAGCCAAGUUAUCAAACAGAUCACCGACCAUUUCGAAUCCCACCGUACCUUCUCCGCUAUGCAAUCCGGUUUCCGAGCUGGUCAUGGGUGCACCUCAGCCACACUCAAGGUCUUAAACGAUAUUAUAACCGCGAUCGAUAAAAGACAGUACUGCGCAGCCGUCUUCAUCGACCUGUCCAAGGCUUUCGACUCUGUCAAUCACCACAUUCUUAUUGGCAGACUAAAUAGCCUUGGUUUCUCUAAUGACUGCCUCACCUGGUUCACCAACUACUUCUCAGAUAGAGUUCAAUGUGUCAAAUCGGAGGGCCUGUUGUCUGGACCUCUGGCCGUCUCUAUGGGGGUGCCACAUGGUUCAAUUCUCGGGCCGACUCUAUUCUCUGUGUAUAUCAAUGAUGUUGCUCUUGCUGCUGGUGACGCUCGGAUCCACCUCUUUGCGGACGACACCAUUUUGUAUACAUCUGGCCCCUCAUUGGACACUUUGUUAACAAACCUCCAAACUAGCUUCAACGCCAUACAACACUCCUUCCGUAGCCUCCAACUGCUCUUAAACACUAGUAAAACUAAAUGCAUGCUUUUCACCCGAACGCUGCUUGCACCCGCCCACCCGACUAGAAUCACUACUCUCGGCGGGUCUGACCUAGAGUAUGUGGACAACUACAAAUACCUAGGUGUCUGGUUAGACUGUAAACUCUCAUUCCAGACUCACAGUAAGCAUCUCCAAUCAAAAGUUAGAUCUAGAAUCGGCUUCCUAUUUCGCAACAAAGCCUCCUUCACUCAUGCUGCCAAACAUGCCCUCGCAAAACUGACUAUCCUACCGAUCCUUGACUUCGGCGAUGUCAUUUACAAAAUAGCCUCCAACACUCUACUCAGCAAAUUGGAUGUAGUCUAUCACAGUGCCAUCCGUAUUGUCACCAAAGCCCCAUAUACUACCCACCAUUGUGACCUGUACGCUCUUGUUGGCUGGCCCUAACUACAUAUUCAUCGCCAAACCCACUGGCUCCAGGUCAUCUAUAAAUCACUGCUAGGCAAAUCCCCGUCUUACCUUAGCUCACUGGUCAUCAUAGCAACACCCACCCGUAGUCUGCGCUCCAGCAGGUAUAUCUCACUGGUCAUCCCCAAAGCCAACACCACCUUUGGCCGCCAUUCCUUCCAGUUCUCUGCUGCCAAUGACUGGAACGAACUGCAAAAAUCUCUGAAGCUGGAGACUCUUAUCUCCCUCACUAACUUUAAGCGUCAGUUGUCAGAGCAGCUUACCGAUCACUGCACCUGUACACAGCCAUUCUGAAAUUAGCCCACCCAACUACCUCAUCCCCAUAUUGUUAUUUAUUUUGCUAAUUUGCACCCCAGUAUCUCUAUUUGCACAUCAUCUUUUGCACAUCUAUCAUUCCAGUGUUAAUACGAAAUUUUAACUAUUUUGCACAUAGCCUAUUUAUUGCCUUACCUCCAUAACUUACUACAUUCGCACACACUGUAUAUAUAUUUUCUGUUUGUAUUUUUGACUUUAUGUUUUGUUUACCCCAUAUGUAACUCUGUGUUGUUGUUUUUAUCGCACUGCUUUGCUUUAUCUUGGCCAGGUCGCAGUUGUAAAUGAGAACUUGUUCUCAACUGGCUUACCUGGUUAAAUAAAGGUGGAGGAAAAAAUAAUAAUAAGACACACACGCAUACAGUGAGGGGAAAAAUUAUUUGAUCCCCUGCUGAUUUUGUACGUUUGCCCACUGACAAAGACAUGAUUAGUCUAUAAUUUUAAUGGUAGGUUUAUUUGAACAGUGAGAGACAGAAUAACAACAAAAAAAUCCAGAUAAACGCAUGUCAAAAAUGUUAUAAAUUGAUUUGCAUUUUAAUGAGGGAAAUAAGUAUUUGACCCCUCUGCAAAACAUGACUUAGUACUUGGUGGCAAAACCCUUGUUGGCAAUCACAGAGGUCAGACGUUUCCUGUAGUUGGCCACCAGGCUGAUGUUUGGCAACUCGAACCUUCAGCUCCCUCCACAGAUUUUCUAUGGGAUUAAGGUCUGGAGACUGGCUAGGCCACUCCAGGACCUUAAUGUGCUUCUUCUUGAGCCACUCCUUUGUUGCCUUGGCCGUGUGUUUUGGGUCAUUGUCAUGCUGGAAUACCCAUCCACGACCCAUUUUCAGUGCCCUGGCUGAGGGAAGGAGGUUCUCACCCAAGAUUUGACAGUACAUGGCCCCGUCCAUCGUCCCUUUGAUGCGGUGAAGUUGUCCUGUCCCCUUAGCAGAAAAACACCCCCAAAGCAUAAUGUUUCCACCUCCAUGUUUGACGGUGGGGAUGGUGUUCUUGGGGUCAUAGGCAGCAUUCCUCCUCCUCCAAAUACGGCGAGUUGAGUUGAUGCCAAAGAGCUCGAUUUUGGUCUCAUCUGACCACAACACUUUCACCCAGUUCUCCUCUGAAUCAUUCAGAUGUUCAUUGGCGAACUUCAGACGGGCCUGUAUAUGUGCUUUCUUGAGCAGAGGGACCUUGCGGGUGCUGCAGAAUUUCAGUCCUUCACGGCGUAGUGUGUUACCAAUUGUUUUCUUGGUGACUAUGGUCCCUGCUGCCUUGAGAUCAUUGACACGAUCCUCCCGUGUAGUUCUGGGCUGAUUCCUCACCGUUCUCAUGAUCAUUGCAACUCCACGAGGUGAGAUCUUGCAUGGAGCCCCAGGCCGAGGGAGAUUGACAGUUCUUUUGUGUUUCUUCUAUUUGUGAAUAAUCGCACCAACUGUUGUCACCUUCUCACCAAGCUGCUUGGCGAUGGUCUUGUAGCCCAUUCCAGCCUUGUGUAGGUCUAUAAUCUUGUCCCUGCCAUCCUUGGAGAGCUCUUUGGUAUUGGCCAUGGUGGAGAGUUUGGAAUCUGAUUGAUUGAUUGCUUCUGUGGACAGGUGUCUUUUAUGCAGGUAACAAGCUGAGAUUAGGAGCACUCCCUUUAAGAGUGUGCUCCUAAUCUCAGCUCGUUACCUGUAUAAAGACACCUGGGAGCCAGAAAUCUUUCUGAUUGAGAGGGGGUCAAAUACUUAUUUCCCUCAUUAAAAUACAAAUCAAUUUAUAACAUUUUUGACAUGCGUUUUUCUGGAUGUUGUUGUUGUUAUUCUGUCUCUCACUGUUCAAAUAAACCUACCAUUAAAAUUAUAGACUGAUCAUUUCUUUGUCAGUGGGCAAACGUACAAAAUCAGCAGGGGAUCAAAAACUUUUUUCCCUCACUGUAGGUAAGACAAACAAACAAACAAACGGCCACGCAUGCGUAUGUUAACCCACACAGACACCCCUCUGUAAGUCUAACAUCCUGCAAUUUAACAGGGGUGGAUGACAGACAACACAGGUUUAGGGGUCCUAUAGAAUAUAACUUAAGAUAAGUAAACCUUAACAUCUGAGUGUCUAACUGUCCCCUCCUCUCCACCCUUUUCUCCAGAGAACAGUGUCCCCCCAGACGUGACGUCCUCCACCCCUGAGAGGGGUACAAGGGUGGACUCCAGAGUGGACCUGCCCCCCAAUGCUAUGCCCAGGGCGAUGCCCCGAGGACAGAGCCGCACCAGCAUGCUGGAUACCACCGCUGACGGUAUGCACACACACACUGCAGAACACACUGCAGAACACACUGUAGAACAGCAACACACUGUAGAACACACUGUAGAACAGCAACACACUGUAGAACACGCUGCAGAACAGUAACACACUGCAGAACACACCGCAGAACAGCAACACACUGUAGAACAGCAACACACUGUAGAACACACUGUAAAACAGCAACACACUGUAGAACACGCUGCAGAACAGUAACACACUGCAGAACACACCGCAGAACAGUAACACACUGCAGAACACACCGCAGAACAGUAACACACUGCAGAACACACCGCAGAACAGCAACACACUGCAGAACACACUGUAGAACCGCAACACACUGUAGAACACACUGUAAAACAAGCAAACACACUGUAGUAACACGCUGCAGAACAAGCAACACAACUGCAGAACACACCGCAGAACAGUAACACACUGUAGAACAGCAACACACUGCAGAACAGCAACACACUGUAGAACACACUGUAGAACAGCAACACACUGUAGAACACACUGUAGAACAGCAACACACUGUAGAACAUACCGCAGAACAGCAACACACUGCAGAACACACUGUAGAACAGCAACACACUGUAGAACACACUGUAAAACAGCAACACACUGUAGAACAGCAACACACUGUAGAACACACUGUAGAUCAGUAACACACUGUAGAACACACUGCAGAACAGCAACACACUGUAGAACAGCAACACACUGCAGAACAGCAACACACUGUAGAACACACUGUAGAACAGCAACACACUGUAGAACCGCAACACACUGCAGAACAGCAACACACUGUAGAACACACUGUAGAACAGCAACACACUGUAGAACCGCAACACACUGUAGAACACACUGUAGAACAGCAACACACUGUAGAACCGCAACACACUGUAGAACAGCAACACACUGCAGAGCAGUAACACACUGCAGAACACACUGUAGAACAGCAACACACUGCAGAACACACUGUAGAACAGGAACACACUGCAGAACACACUGCAGAACAGUAACACACUGUAGAACAGCAACACACUGCAGAACAGCAACACACUGUAGAACACACUGUAGAACAGCAACACACUGUAGAACCGCAACACACUGUAGAACACACUGUAGAACAGCAACACACUGUAGAACCACAACACACUGUAGAACACACUGCAGAGCAGUAACACACUGCAGAACACACUGUAGAACAGCAACACACUGCAGAACACACUGUAGAACAGGAACACACUGCAGAACACACUGCAGAACAGUAACACACUGUAGAACAGCAACACACUGUAGAACACACUGCAGAACACACUGCAGAACAGUAACACACUGUAGAACACACUGCAGAACAGCAACACACUGUAGAACACACUGCAGAACAGCAACACACUGUAGAACACACUGCAGAACAGCAACACACUGCAGAACAGCAACACACUGUAGAACACACUGCAGAACAGCAACACACUGUAGAACACACUGCAGAACAGCAACACACUGUAGAACACACCGCAGAACAGUAACACAACUGUAGAACACACUGGCAGAACAGCAACACACUGCAGAACAGCAACACACUGCAGAACACACUGCAGAACAGCAACACACUGUAGAACACACUGCAGAACAGCAACACACUGCAGAACACACUGCAGAACAGCAACACACUGUAGAACAGCAACACACUGCAGAACACGCUGCAGAACAGCAACACACUGUAGAACACACUGUAGAACAGCAACACACUGCAGAACACACUGUAGAACAGCAACACACUGUAGAAACGCAACACACUGUAGAACAGCAACACAACUGGUCGAAACACUGUAGAACAGCAACACACUGUAGGAACACACUGCAGAACAGCAACACACUGUAGAACACACUGUAGAACAGCAACACACUGCAGAACAGCAACACACUGUAGAACACACUGUAGAACAGCAACACACUGCAGAACAGCAACACACUGUAGAACAGCAACACACUGUAGAACAGCAACACACUGUAGAACACACUGUAGAACAGCAACACACUGCAGAACACACUGUAGAACAGCAACACACUGUAGAACAGCAACACACUGUAGAACAGCAACACACUGUAGAACACACUGUAGAACAGCAACACACUGCAGAACAGCAACACACUGUAGAACACACUGUAGAACAGCAACACACUGCAGAACAGCAACACACUGUAGAACACACUGUAAGACAGCAACACACUGUAGAACGCAACACACUGUAGAAACACACUGUAGAUAACAGCACACCACUGCAGAACACACUGUAGAACAGCAACACACUGCAGAACACACUGUAGAACAGCAACACACUGUAGAACAGCAACACACUGUAGAACACACUGUAGAACAGCAACACACUGCAGAACACACUGUAGAACAGCAACACACUGCAGAACACACUGUAGAACAGCAACACACUGUAGAACAGCAACACACUGCAGAAACACUGUAGAACACACCGCAGAACAGUGACACUGCAGAAUGUUACGAGCACACACGGCAGUAGACUGGUAAAACCUAUCUUUUUUAAUAAUCUAUUUUUACUCAGAGAUAAUGGUACAUUGACAAGACAACAUUAAAUGAAUCUCACCCUCAUCCUCAUUCCAGUUGUGUUGAGAAUGCUGCUAACAUGCUAUAUUUUGUUCUUUUUUGGGGUGAUCUGUUUUUCUGCCGUACGUGUCAUGUCUUUCAUUACAAAAGGAAAGAGAAAAGGUAAUAUGAAUCCAAAGGGAAGGGGUCUGGGGAGGGGCGAUGGAGGGAUUCCAAUCAGCUUGCUUUGCCACCUCGUCUGUCGUCUGUCUAUCCUGUCUGUUGGUCUACUCUUCACAGAGAGAAAUACCGUUCUGUUUUUAACCCUGACUUUAGUUCUACUGUAUCUACGUGUGCUGCUUUCAAAGCGCAGGCCAUGUUGACCCUUAACUCAGUUUGUGUGUGUGCAGUUGUGCGCGUGCUUGUGUUGUGUUUGUGUCUCUGUAUAAUCGUGACUGUGUGUGUGUCUAUGCUCGCUUGUGUCUAUGAUCAUGUGUGUAACUCCCUACCUCUGUCCUGCCUCUACCUCUGUCCUGCCUCUAACCUCUGUCCUGCCUCUACCUCUGUCCUGUCUCUACCUCUGUCCUGCCUCUACCUCUGUCCUGUCUCUACCUCUGUCCUGCCUCUACCUCUGUCCUGCCUCUACCUCUACCUCUGUCCUGCCUCUACCUCUGUCCUGCCUCUACCUCUGUCCUGCCUCUACCUCUGUCCUGCCUCUACCUCUGUCCUGCCUCUACCUCUACCUCUGUCCUGCCUCUACCUCUGUCCUGCCUCUGCCUCUACCUCUGUCCUGCCUCUACCUCUGUCCUGCCUCUGCCUCUACCUCUGUCCUGCCUCUGCCUCUACCUCUGUCCUGCCUCUACCUCUGUCCUGCCUCUACCACCAUGUCCAGGUGUACCAGUAAACAGCCGUGUGUCCACUAAGAUCCAGCAGCUGCUCAACACUCUGAAACGGCCCAAGAGACCUCCACUCAGUGAGUUCUUCCUGGACGACUCAGAGGAGAUCGUAGAGGGUAAGAUGCAUAGGACCUGCUCCAGUACUUUAAAUAAUAUUCCAACAUUUCUCCCCGCUUCCUGAAAAUGAUGUAAUAAAUGGAAAGCAGAUAUCUAACUAUUUUAUUUGCCUUUUAUUAAACCAGUAGAGAACUCAACUUUACUCCUCUUUAAUAAAACAUUUUUCUUAAUUUCCUCCUUCCAUCCCUCUUUCCUCACCUAUCCAUCCCGUCCCUUUCUCCUCUCUGUAGUGCCCCAGCCGGACCCCAACACCCCCAGGCCAGAGGGCCGUCAGAUCAUCCCAGUGAAGGGGGAGCCCCUGGGGGUGGUCAGUAACUGGCCCCCGGCUCUGCAGGCUGCCCUGGCACGAUGGGGGGCUACACAGGCCAAGAGCCCCGCUCUCACCGCCCUGGACGUUACCGGGAAACCCCUCUACACGCUGACAUACGGUAGGUCUCACCAUCUGAAAUGGCCCUAUAUAGCAGGGAAUAAGGAGACUUUUCAGGCUAACCCACAGUCUCAGAUCAGACUUCUUUACUUUAUAACUAAUGUAAUGUAGUUCAUCUGCUCAAAAGAUCACCCUCCUCUCAGUCAAUCUAUGGAGAUCUGAGGUCAUUUAAUCUCCUCUGAGAAAUUGCUCUUGUGACCGUGGUGUAUCUCCCCUUCUCUCUCUCUCUCAGGUAAACUGUGGAGCCGCAGUCUGAAGCUGGCCUACACUCUGUUAAACAAACUGGGCACUAAGAAUGAACCUGUCCUGAGACCUGGAGAUACGGUAAGUGACAAAAACACACAGCUAUUCAGACGAAAUGACAGAUGUCUUCACCUCUUCAUCAAUUCUGUCCUUCACACUUUACCACAUUGAUUGAUCUUUAUUUAAAAACAUGAUCUGUGUCUUCUCGAUGCAUUGCACAGACAACACAAUAAGCUAUGUAAGAUAUUCCCCAUUGUGACGCAGGUUGACGUUUAUUGUCAUGAAUCUUGCCCUGGAGGCAGAACUGAGCGAUUUCCACUAGAUGGGCCAGCUGCAAAGUCAAAAUUGGCUAUAUCGUAAAAUGUCAUGAAAGGAAAUAUUCGCUUUUUGGUCUUAAUUUAGGGUUAGGCAUUAGGGUUAGCAGUGUGGUUAGGUUUAAAAUCAGAUUUUCUGGCUUUGUGGCUGUGCCAGUUAGUGACCACUCUGCAGAGCUGCCUCCAGUACAUGAGUCAUCCCAGUAAAUGCCAACCUUCCAUUGUGACGUACUGUCUGAAACUGUACUGUGUGUGUCUGUCCCCUAGGUGGCGCUGGUGUACCCUAACACUGACCCUGCGAUGUUCUGGGUGGCUUUCUAUGGCUGUCUCCUAGCAGAGGUCAUCCCUGUACCUAUAGAGGUGCCACUGUCUCGACAGGUAAGGACUGCAAUGCCCACUUCAAAUUGUAUUUAUCUAACCAGAAUAAAAUCCCUUGAUAUUAAAAAUAAAUACAAAUAAUCGAUGGAGACCUGGCAAGAUUCACCCCCUCAGCAGGAGAACACAGCAAAAUACAGUGGCAUUUAAAAGGUAAUGAUCUAGAUUUUCUUUGUGUCAUUUUCUAACUGUUAUCUUUGUGUUUCACAACCCAGGACGCAGGCAGUCUUCAGAUUGGCUUCCUAUUGGGCAGCUGUGGGGUGGACCUCGCCCUGACCAGUGAGAUCUGUCUUAAAGGACUGCCCAAGACUCCCCAGGGAGAGAUCAUGCAGUUCAAAGGUCAGCACACAUGCACAAACUGCUGGCGUUGCUGGUAGAUGGCCAUUAGUAUAUCCAUUGUCAGUUAUGUGGAUAGGUAGAUGUCCAUUGGCAGUUAUGUGGAUAGGUAGAUGUCCAUUGUCCCAUACAUAUAGGUGUGUGCGCACUAAUGGUCCUAAUGCCACCUUUUAAUAGCUACAACAUUUCCAUCCAAGGUGGAUCUUUGUCCAGUCAUCAAACUGACUUCUAGUAAUGCCCUGUGUAUCCAUUAUGCUGAUGGUGUUGUUGUUCUGCCUCCCAGGUUGGCCCCGUAUGAAGUGGGUUGUGACAGACACCAAGUACCUGACCAAGCCCUCGAAAGACUGGCAGCCCCACAUCCCCACAGCCAACACAGACACAGCUUACAUCGAGGUGAGACAUGUCCACAGACACAGCUUACAUCGAGGUGAGACAUAUCCACAGACACAGCUUACAUCGAGGUGAGACAUGUCCACAGACACAGCUUACAUAGAGGUGAGGCAUGUCCACAGACACAGCUUACAUCGAGGUGAGACAUGUCCACAGACACAGCUUACAUAGAGGUGAGGCAUAUCCACAGACACAGCUUACAUCGAGGUGAGACAUGUCCACAGACACAGCUUACAUAGAGGUGAGGCAUGUCCACAGACACAGCUUACAUAGAGGUGAGGCAUGUCCACAGACACAGCUUACAUCGAGGUGAGACAUGUCCACAGACACAGCUUACAUCGAGGUGAGACAUGUCCACAGACACAGCUUACAUCGAGGUGAGACAUGGCCACAGACACAGCUUACAUCGAGGUGUCCAGACCAUUAUGUGUGUAUUUUAUGGAAAUGUGUGUUUUUUUAUGCUAGUUUGUCUUUUGAGCACCAAGGCUCACGCAACCCACAUGUCGGAUAAACAAUUUCACAAAUUCGGCUGUUUUUAAUCUUUGCUUACAAUUUUUUUCCGUUAUGUAUACAUUAUUUAGUGUUUACACUUCCAAAUUGUCAGGAAAAAUAAUAUUUAUAAUACAAAUAACCCUCCUUUUUCCUUGAUCUCCUUCCUAUUGUUAUUAUUACUAUUAUUAUGAUCAUCAUUAUAAUAAUAAGUAAUGUCAUUAUCAUUAGUAGGCUUAGUAUAGCAGCCUUGUAUAGCCACCAUCGAGCUGUAGGCCUAAGAGCGCAUCCUGUUUAGUCUUUAAUACCGUAACUUACUUAGGCCUAUAUUUCAAUACUUAUAUAGGCUACUGUAUCAAUCAAUUAUUUAAUUGUUUAUGUCAUCACACAGCAUACGAGUCAUUCAUGAUUUGAAAUGCAAUCAAGAAUUUUAGUUUUUAAAUAAAAUAAAGUGACCAUUGGAUAAUUAGCGUAAACAAUAAAUAGGCCUGAACUGUUCCAUUUCGGCAAAUGUAUUCACGAAUGAAUGCGACUGUUUUUAGUCUUUGCUGUAAUAAAGGCUUUACAAAAAAAACAAAAAAAACAUUACAACAGGCUCUCUGGUACGGUAUAAUUUAUUUAGUGUUGUUUACAUUGUUCCAAACGGUCAGAAAAAUUAUAUUGUAAUCUAACAGCACCUGUUUGGCACACAUAAUAUGCACGCAGCGCUUGCUCCUUACCUUAUUUUUCUUGAUCUCCAGUAUUUUCCACAACUAGUCAAAACAAAAAAGUAUGAAAAAUGUAUGCACUCACUUAACUGUAAGUCGCUCUGGAUAAGAGCGUCUGCUAAAUGACUAAAAUGUAAUUCCACACAUCUGACUUCCCCUUUACCUCCUGAGCAACCAGUAAACAUUCUCCCGUUUCGAGUUUAUUUGUCACGUCCUCUGCAUCCAUUUUGCUGUCACAUUUGUUACGGUGUGGUCCUCUGUAGCUCAAUUGGUAGAGCAUGGCGCUUGUAACGCCAGGGUACUGGGUUCGAUCCCCGGGACUACCCAUACGUAAAAAUGUAUGCACACAUGACUGUAAGUCGCUUUGGAUAAAAGCGUCUGCUAAAUGGCAUAUUAUUAUUAUUAUUAUUAUUAUUAUUAUUAUAACCAAUUUAUUGAUGUGAUUAUGAUAUGCUAUAGGUCAGGCCAUAUUGGAUGCAUACAUGUGUCACGUAAAGAGACCAAGGGUUGAGGGAAUAGGGAAUGUUUUUCCUAAACAAAUUAGGGAUUUCGGUAACAACUUUUCAGUCAGACAUGGCCAUAAUUAUGUUGCAGCUUCAGCAACAUGGACAGCGUGAUACACACUGAUGAUGUUCUGUGGUGGUCACUGCAGCAGGGAGGAGAGUGAGACAACGGGUGCUAGUCACACAGUCACUCGCUGUCUUUUGUUUUAACACAGAGCAGAAAGUCUGAGCCAGGACCAGCACAAUCAAAUCAAUUGCGGUCGGACUCCCUCUAGUCAUUUGUGUGUCUUAAUUAUUUCAUUAAGCGGUUCGCUUAAAGCAUCAGACAAGCACAGUGCAUAUAGUUGAUUUGAUUAAAACACAUAGUCUAUAUAUGGAAAAAUAUGUUUUUGGUCGAAAGAACAGACGACUCUUGGUCGACCAAGAUUUGUUUUUAGUCGGGGACAGCCCUAGUGUCGCUGAUUAUUUUGUGAUUGUGUUUAUUUCUUCAACUCUGAUUGUGUGUGUUGUUGUGCUCUCCCAGUACAAGGCCAGUAAAGAGGGGACAGUGAUGGGAGUAGCCGUGUCUAAGAUAGCCUUGCUGACACACUGCCAGGCCCUGACACAGGCCUGCAACUACUGUGAAGGUCAGUACAUGAUUAACACACACCACAGGAGGCUGGUGGGAGGAGCUAUAGGACCGUUCUAUUUAUUCCAUUCCAGUCUUUACAAUGAGCCCGUCUCUCUCUCUCUCUCUAAAAUAUCAUAGAAUGGAUAAUUCUAUUAUAUAUAUAUAGAUCUCUAUCUAUAAAAUGUAUCAGUAUCUAGUACGAUAUACUAAAAGGUUAUCUAUCAUAUAAAGUCCCACUUAGUAGAUAUAUAUAUAGCUCAAGAUAGAUGUCUGAUAUCAUAUUCUCUCUAUCUAUCUCUCAUAUUCAAUAUCUGCUAUCUCUCUCUCUCUCGAUAUCUCUGUCUUAUUCAUACCCCUCUUCUCUCCAAUCUAUCCUCGUCUCCCUCGUCUCCAAUCUACUCCCUCCUCGUCUUUAUCUCCUAUCGCUCUCCUCUGUCUAUCCUCUCACUCGCUCCAUCUCUCUCUCUCCUCUCUCCCUCAUAUCUCUCUAUCUCUCUCUCUAUCUCUCUCUCUUCUCUCCCUCUUCUCUCUCUAUCUCUCUCUCUCUCUCAUAUAUAUACAGUUGAAGUUGGAUGUUUACAUACACUUAGGUUGGAGUCAUUAAAACUUGUUUUUCAACCACUCCACAAAUGUCUUGUUAACAAACUAUAGUUUUGGCAAGUCGGUUAGGACAUCUACUUUGUGCAUGACACAAGUAAUUUUUCCAACAAUUGUUUACAGACAGAUUAUUUCACUUAUAAUUCACUGUAUCACAAUUCCAGUGGGUCAGAAGUUUACAUACACUAAGUUGACUGUGCCUUUAAACAGCUUGGAAAAUUCCAGAAAAUGAUGUCAUGCUUUAGAAGCUUCUGAUAGGCUAAUUGACAUCAUUUGAGUCAUUUGGAGGUGUACCUGUCAAUUUAUUUCAAGGCCUACCUUCAAACUCAGUGCCUCUUUGCUUGACAUCAUGGGAAAAUCUAAAGAAAUCAGCCUUAGAAAACAAAUUGUAGACCUCCACAAGUCUGGUUCAUCCUUAGGAGCGAUUUCCAAAUGCCUGAAGGUACCACGUUCAUCUGUACAAAUAAUAGUACGCAAGUAUAAACACCAUGGGACCACGCAGUCGUCAUACCGCUCAGGAAGGAGACGCACUCUGUCUCCUAGAGAUGAACGUACUUUGGUGCAAAAAGUGCAAAUCAAUCCCAGAACAACAGCAAAGGACCUUGUGAAAAUGCUGGAGGAAACGGGUACAAAAGUAUCUAUAUCCACAGUAUAAAACGAGUCCUAAAUCGACAUAACCUGAAAGGCCGCUCAGCAAGGAAGAAGCCACUGCUCCAAAACCGCCAUAAAAAAGCCAGACUACAGUUUGCAACUGCACAUGGGGACAAAAAUCGUACUUUUUGGAGAAAUGUCCUCUGGUCUGAUGAAACAAAAAUAUAACUGAAAAAGGUGGUUGCUUGCAAGCCGAAGAACACCAUCCCAACCGUGCAACACGGGGGUGGCAGCAUCAUGCUGUGGGGGUGCUUUGCUGCAGGAGGGACUGGUCCACUUCACAAAAUAGAUGGCAUCAUCAGGAAGGAAAAUUAUGUGGAUGUAUUGAAGCAACAUCUCAAGACAUCAGUCAGGAAGCUUGGUCGCAAAUGGGUCUUCCAAAUGGACAAUGACCCGAAGCAUACUUCCAAAGUUGUGGCAAAAUGGCUUAAGUACAACAAAGUCAAGGUAUUGGAGUGGCCAUCACAAAGCCCUGACCUCAAUCCUAUAGAAAAUGUUUAGGCAGAACUGAAAAAGUGUGUGCGAGCAAGGAGGCCUACAAACCUGACUCAGUUACACCAGCUCUGUCAGGAGGAAUGGGCCAAAAUUCACCCAACUUAUUGUGGGAAGCUUGUGGAAGGCUACCCGAAAUGUUUGACCCAAGUUAAACAAUUUAAAGGCAAUGCUACUAAAUACUAAUUGAGUGUAUGUAAACUUCUGACCCACUGGGAAUGUGAUGAAAUAAAUGAAAGCUGAAAUAAAACAUUAUCUUUACUAUUAUUCUAACAUUUCACAUUCUUAAAAUAAAGUAGUGAUCCUAACUGACCUAAGACAGGGAAUUUGUACUAGGAUUAAAUGUCAGGAAUUGUGAAAAACUUAGUUUAAAUGUAUUUGGCUAAGGUGUAUGUAAACUGUCGACUUCAACUGUGUUUGUGUAUAUUCAGAUCAGCUGUUAGACAAAGGACACUUUAGCCUCUGUGGAUUCCCCUCAAGGGAUCUAAUGUUCUCUGAGACAGAGAAAGGGCACUUUAGCCUCUCUCUGUCUCAGAGAACAUUAGAUCCCUUGAGGGGAAUCCACAGAGGCUAAAGUGUCCUUUGUCUAACAGCUGAUCUGAAUAUACACAAACACAGUUGAAGUCGACAGUUUACAUACACCUUAGCCAAAUACAUUUAAACUAAGUUUUUCACAAUUCCUGACAUUUAAUCCUAGUACAAAUUCCCUGUCUUAGGUCAGUUAGGAUCACUACUUUAUUUUAAGAAUGUGAAAUGUUAGAAUAAUAGUAAAGAUAAUGUUUUAUUUCAGCUUUCAUUUAUUUCAUCACAUUCCCAGUGGGUCUGAAGUUUACAUACACUCAAUUAGUAUUUAGUAGCAUUGCCUUUAAAUUGUUUAACUUGGGUCAAACAUUUCGGGUAGCCUUCCACAAGCUUCCCACAAUAAGUUGGGUGAAUUUUGGCCCAUUCCUCCUGACAGAGCUGGUGUAACUGAGUCAGGUUUGUAGGCCUCCUUGCUCGCACACACUUUUUCAGUUCUGCCUACACAUUUUCUAUAGGAUUGAGGUCAGGGCUUUGUGAUUUAUAACAUUUUUGACAUGCGUUUUUCUGGAUUUUUUUGUUGUUAUUCUGUCUCUCACUAUUCAAAUAAACCUACCAUUAAAAUUAUAGACUGAUCAUUUCUUUGUCAGUGGGCAAACGUACAAAAUCAGCAGGGGAUCAAAUACUUUUUUUCCCUCACUGUAUGUAUCUUUAACCUUUGAAAUGUUCCAAUUCUUUCUGACUGUAAUGUGAUUUGUGUAUUGAAAUAAAGUAUUUAAAAUGUGUGUGUCCUCUCUCAGGAGAAACGUUGGUCAACGUGCUGGACUGUAAGAAGGACAUGGGCUUGUGGCACGGGGUGCUAACCAGUGUCAUGAACAGGAUCCACACCAUCACUGUACCCUACGCUGUCAUGAAGGCCUGUCCCAUGUCCUGGGUGCAGAGGGUCCACAUACACAAAGGUAAGGCCACCGUUAGCCUUAGCUUUUUUAUUGUAAAUUGCAUAGAGACUAGCACGCAUUAGCAUCCUAAACUGUAUACUAUGGAUUAAGGUAGUCAGGGUCGGGUUCAUUAGGAAAGAAGGCGUUGUCCGACGGAACAUGAUAUUAGCUCCCUUGUUUCAGACUGUUUUUCUUCUCAGUUUCGUGCCUAAUGAACAUGACUCAGAUGAUUAGGGAUUAGCAUUAACACUACUAUGUGUUGAGGCGAUGAGAUGUGAGCUGUCCCUCUUGUUUCGUGCCUAAUGAACAUGACUCAGAUGAUUAGGGAUUAGCAUUAACACUACUAUGUGUUGAGGCGAUGAGAUGUGAGCUGUCCCUCUUGUUUCUCCCCUGCAGCACGUGUCGCCGUGGUGAAGUGUCGUGACCUCCACUGGGCUAUGAUGGCUCACAGAGACCAGAGAGACACCAACCUGUCCUCCAUACGCAUGCUCAUAGUAGCUGAUGGAGCCAACCCCUGUGAGUCAUUCACACUCUCACACACACACACACACACACAGACACACACAGGGACCAGAGACACACCAACCUGUCCUGUGAGUCACGUAUACAUAGCAGCCGUGACUCAUGAUUGCUUUAUCUAUUCCCCAAACUAUUAUUUGUCCUUUCAUUGACCUUUCAGAGUCUUCAAGCGGUGCCCUGCCUCUUGGUACACUAUGAUAUGUAUUUUUAGAUGCAGUGCACACAACUUGCAAGAAACACAUCUGAUCCGGUCAAUUGGAUUCCUAUAAUCGGUUUGAUUCUGAAGAGGGAAGCACAUUGUUGACACUUUGUGCUGUCUUUCAGGGUCUGUGUCAUCGUGCGACGCCUUCCUCAACGUGUUCCAGUCUCAUGGGUUAAAGCCGGAGGUCAUCUGCCCCUGUGCCUCCUCUCCUGAAGGUCUCACUGUGGCUAUACGCAGGUAAUACAACAUACAGCUCUGUCUCUUUCUCAGAUUCUCUCUCAUUCACACUACACUGAGAUCUUCCUCCCCCCCUCCCUCCAGGCCUGGUGCCCGUGGUACAGCCCUCCCUGCCAGGGCCAUUCUCUCCAUGGGCGGGCUGAGUCAUGGGGUCAUCAGGGUCAACACAGAGGAUAAGAACUCUGCCCUCACUGUACAGGACGAGGCAGCGGAGCGGAACGCACGAAACAACACACGAGAAAAAACACCGCACGAGAAAACAACGCACCAGAGAAACACAAAAGACACCGAAACCACGCAGGAACAACCACGAGAAAAAACACCACCCAGAGAAAAACCAAAACAGAGAGAACACACACAAACCGCACAGAGAAAACACAACGGCAAAACGAGAAAACACCAAACAACCGAGAAAAACACACCGCAGAGAAAAAAAACACACGCACGAGAAAACAACACAAAACAACACGAAACACACCGCACUAGAAAACACCACACGAGAAACACACACCUAACGAGAACACACCACACGAGGAAAACACACACCCACAUAAACACACCCACGAGAACACACAACACAGAAAACACACACAUAACAACCGCACGAGAAAACACACCACAGAGAAACACCCACAAGAAACACCAUCACCUCACGAGAAACACACCAGCAGAAGAAAAACACACCGAGAAACACACCCACACACGAAACACCAGCACCACAGACGAGAAACACACCCACGAUAACACACCGACACGAGGAACACACCACACAUCACGGAAACACACACACUGCACAAACAACCAGAACAAACAACCCACGAUGAAACACAACCCACAUAAAAACACAACACAUAACACACGCACAUAACACACCAACACCGCACACAUAACACACAUACGAUAACACACCCACGAGAACAACACCACAGAUAAAAAGCACACCAGCACUAGAAACACACCCACAUAAAAACACACGAGAACACACACGACAAGACAACACCGCACGAUGAAACACAGGCGAACGAGAAAACACACGCACGAGACACACGCAGAGAAAACACAACCACACGAGAACACACCGCACGAGAACACACGCCACGAGAAAACACCACGCACGAGAAACACACGCACGAGAACAACCCACGAGAACACACCGCACGAGAACACACCACACCGCACGAGAACACACCACGCACGAAACACACCAACGAGAACAACAACCACGAGAACACACACCGCACGAGAAACAACCAACCGCACGAGAGAAACACACACACGGAGAACACACCGCACGAGAAACAACCACACCGCCACGAGAAACACACCACACCGAAACACCGCAACGAGAACACACGACACGAGAAAACACCGCACGAGAAACACACCGACACGAGAACACACCGCACAGAAACAACACCCACGCACGAGAAACACCAACCGAGAAACACACCCACGAGAAACACCACACACGAGAACACACCCACGAAAACACACGCACAAAACACACCACACCCACAGAACACACCAGCACGAUAACACACCGCACGAGAAACACACCGCACGAGAACACACCACACCGAGGAACACACCGCACGCACGAACACACCACGAGAACACCCCACGAGACAGCACACAGCACGAGAAACACACCACCACGAAAAACACACCGCACAGAACGACAACAGCAACAACCCACGAGAACACACCACACGAGAAACACCACAACGAGAAACACACCACGGAGAAACACCACACCCGCACGAGAAAACCAACCCACGGAAACACACAGCACGAAAAAACACAACCACACAGAACACACCAACAGAACACACACACACGCAGAAACACACCACACGAGAACACAACCACACGCAGAGAAACACACCACACGAGAACACACCACAACGACACAGAAAAACACGCACGAGAACCACACCACGGAGAACACACCACACCAGCACGAGAAACACACCCACGAGAACACACCCACGAGAAACACACCGCACCACACGAGAACACACAACGAAACACACCGCACGAGAAAACACACCACACAGAAACACACCGCACAGGAACACACCGCACGAGAACACACAGCACGAGAACACACACACCACACGGAAACACACCGACAGAACACACACCGCACGAGAACACACACACGCCACGAGAAACACACCGCACGAGAACACACCACACGAGAACACACCGCACGAGAACACACCAACCGCACGAGAAAACACAACGAAACCGACAGAAACACACCACACGAGAACACACCCGACGAGAACACACCGCACGAGAACACACCGCACGAGAACACACCACACACCGCACGAGAACACACCGCACGAGAACACACCACCACCACACCGCACGAGAACACACCGCACGAAACACACCGCACGAGAACACACCGCACUAGAACACACUCACGAGAACAACACCACACGAUAACACACCACACAGAACACACCCAACACGAAACACACCCACGAUGAACACACCUCACGAGAACACACCCACAGAAACACACCACACUAUAACACACCACACUAUAACACACCUCACUAUAACACACCUCACUAUAACACACACGCAUAACACACUCACAUAAAAAAACCUCACUAUAACACACCACACGAGAAACACACCACAUCUAAGAACACCCCAAACGAAACACAACCACACUAUAAACACCACGAGAAACAAAACCCACGAAACACACAACUCUAUAACAACACACGCGAGAUAACACACCACACUAUAACACACCUCACUAUAACACACCACACGCAUAAAAAACCUACAUAAACACACCUACACGUAAAACCCACUAUAACACACCACACCACACUAUAACACACCUCACUAUAACACACCUCACUAUAACACACCACACCUCACUAUAACACACCUCACUAUAACACACCUCACUAUAACACACCACUCUAUAACACACCAGACCACACUAUUGUGUACUGUUACUGUUAGUUUUCCUUUAAGAGUAGCUUUCUGUUCCUCACUGACUGACGAUUUUACUGUGUCUUGUCAAUGUCACUUCCCUGGUGUUAAUUCUACUUGGCUCAGGGUUUUAGUCAUUGCGUUAAAAUACUUUAAGGUCGAUGUCCGCGCCCCCGCGAAAAUCGAAUUAGCAUAAUAACAAAUUCCCCAUAAAACCCCAUCAGUUUAAGCUAGAGAUAUCAACCGCAUCCUCCUAUGUAACACUUCCUCAUCUGCCGUGAAAGGUGCCUGAGCUAGAGCGGUGUUUGUCAGACCAUGAGACAUCCUGAAAAUCGGUCUUCUCACAAUCGUCUGUAGCGUCCGAACGGUUUGGCCUAAAAACUAUUAUGACCCCUCUAUGGACAGAUGAGACUUUCACAAACACGAUGCUAUUCUCCGUUUUACUCUGUGUAAAGGUGAGACUCUCACGAACACGUCUGGCUCUAGGACUAGUCUGAAGGUCCCCCGGUACUAGUCGAAAUAAUUAAUGGAUGUACAGUAUACAGUGCAUUUGGAAAGUAUUCAGACCCCUUGACUUUUUCCAUAUUUUGUUACGUUACAGCCUUAUUCUAAAAUGGAUUACAUUGUUUUUUCCCCUCAUCAAUCUACACACAAUACCCCAUAAUGACAAAGCAAAAACUGGUUUUUAGAUUGAAAUAUCACAUUUACGUAAGUAUUCAGAACCUUUACUCAGUACUUUGUUGAAGCACCUUUGGCAGCGAUUACAGCCUUGAGUCUUCUUGGGUAUUGCGCUACAAGCUUGGCACACCUGUAUUUGGGGAGUUUCUCCCAUUCUUCUCUGCAGAUCCUAUCAAGCUCUGUCAGGUUGGAUGGGGAGCGUCACUGCACAGCUAUUUUCAGGUCUCUCCAGAGACGUUCGAUCGGGUUCAAGUCCGGGCUCUGGCUGUGCCACUCAAAGACAUUCAGAGACUUGUCCCAAAGCCACUCCUGCGUUUUCUUGGCUGUGUGCUUAGGAUCAUUGUCUUGUUGGAAGGUGAACCUUCGCCCCAGUCUGAGGUCCUGAGCGCUCUGGAGCAGGUUUUCAUCAAGGAGCUCUCUGUACUUUGCUCCGUUCAUCUUUGCCUCGAUCCUGACUAGUCUCCCAGUCCCUGCCACUGAAAAACAUCCCCACAGCAUGAUGCUGCCACCACCAUGCUUCACCGUAGGGAUUGUGCCAGGUUUCCUCCAGAUGUGACGCUUGGCAUUCAGGCCAAAUAGUUUCAUCUUGGUUUCAUCAGACCAGAGAAUCUUGUUUCUCAUGGUCUGAGAGUCCUUUAGGUGCCUUUUGGCAAACUCCAAGCAGGCUGUUAUGUGCCUUUUACUGAGGAGUGGCUUCCGUCUGGCCACUGUACCAUAAAGAGUGCUGCAGAGAUGGUUGUCCUUGUGGAAGUUUCUCCCAUCUCCACAGAGGAACUCUGGAGUUCUGUCAGAGUGACCAUCGGGUUCUUGGUCACCUCCCUGACCAAGGCCCUUCUCCCCCGAUUGCUCAGUUUGGCCGGGGGGCUAGCUCUAGGAAGUCUUGGUGGUUCCAAACUUCCAUUUAAGAAUGAUGGAGACUACUGUGUUCUUGGGGACCUUCAAUGCUGCAGAAAUGUUUUGGUACCCUUCUGUGCCUUGACACAAUCCUGUCUCAGAGCUCUACGGACAAUUCCUUCAACCUCAUGGCUUGGUUUUUGCUCUGACAUGAUCUGUCAUCUGUGGGACCUUUAUAUAGGCAGGUGUGUUCCUUUCCAAAUCAUGUCCAAUCAAUUGAAUUUACCACAGGUGGACUCCAAUCAAGUUGUAGAAACAUCUCAAGGAUGAUCAAUGGAAACAGGAUGCACCUGAGCUGAAUUUCAAGUCUCAUAGCAAAGGGUCUGAAUACUUAUGUAAAUAAGGUAUUUCUGUUUUUAAUUUUUAAUAAAUUUGCAAACAUUUCUAAAAACCUAUUUUCACUUUGUCAUUAUGGGGUAUUGUGUGUAGAUUGCUGAGGAUUUUUUUUAUUUAAUCCGUUUUAGAAUAAUGCUGUAACGUAACAAAAUGUGGAAAAAAUCAAGGGGUCUGAAUACUUUCCGAAUGCACUGUAUAUGGAGACUGUUUUAGUGAAAAAAAUAAGGGGUUAAAUACAUAUCAAAUAAAUAAUGUUUCCUAAUCUUUCUUAUAUCUGUCAGAUAUAGGAUAGACACUUCAGAACAAACUUCCUUUAGAAUUUUUUGGGGGGCUAUCUGUUGUUCCAUGUAGUGUAUCUGUUUUUCAAUGCAUUUUGAAUGGGCUAAUAGAAGCAAGGCCAAAUACAAAUGUUCAUCAGAUAAUUGUUUUCUAUAUAUAUUUUUUGACUUCAAGGGGUCUUCAAAAUCAAAUAAUAACAAAAUGAUCCUUGGUAUAACCUUCUUAAAACAGUUCCAUAUAGCUUAGUAGAACCCCCCUCCCCCAGCUUAGACAGGGCUUAUACUCUUAUGGGUUAAUAAUACAUCGAUUUUAUAUAGCACUUCUCAUGGACCCAAAGAUUCUUUGGGAAGUUGGUUUCUAAUGUGCUUUGUGUGUUUUAGCCCUAAUGUCAUAGUCUCUUGUGGUUCAGCUCUGAUGUGUAUCGUGAAGCCAGACGGGCCUCCACAGCUCUGUAAGACCGAUGAGAUCGGAGAGAUAGUGCUGAACUCCAGGGCUGGAGGAACCAUGUACUAUGGUCUACCUGGGGUCACCAAGAACACCUUUGAGGUGAGGAGAGGACUGUUUACUGAACUCUCUCAUCAAGUUUCUGCAUUUCUGUUCACAGUGGAGUGAAGUGCUACUGACACUGGGAUGAAGCCAUCAACCUCAGAACAUGACUCCUCUGUCAGAGCAUUACACUUCUAAAAGCUCUACCCCACCUUUAUUAUUCAGUGGUCAUUGUUGCCUGUGGUGUCUAUUACUAAUUUGGGUUGCAAAGCUACCAGUAAUUUACCAAAGUAAUUUAGGUAAUUAACAGAAAAUCUAUGGAAAUCUAUGGUACCUUUUGGUAACUUAUGCUUGAAUAACGUUUAUAUAUUCAUAUUAUGGUAUUAAUUUAUUUGAUCCAUGUCCAUAUUGUCCAUGAGUUUCUAGUGGAUAGACCAUAUGGUUCAAGAGAAAAUAGCCUAAUUAAAAAAGCAUCUAAUCAACAAUGGCAUUCUUUUCAAUUAACUCUGCAACUCUUCCCACUAUUGACUUUUUUUUUUUUUUUUUUUUUUACAGCUGCCACCAGUUUGACACAAAAAAACAUUGAGAACAAAUACAUUUUGACAGUGUGUAAAAAUAUAUAUAUUUAAAGGAUAUUUCAUGCUGAAACCCUCAUAAUGAACACCAAUGGUAUUCACUAAGUUGAUGGUUUAUAUUUAGGGUAAUGUUUUACAGCUUUGACAUUCUAUACUGAACAAAAAUCUAAACGCAACAUGCAACAAUUUCUAAGAUUUGACUGAGUUACAGUUCAUAUGAGGAAAUCAUAUGGAUUUCACAUGACUGGGAAUACAGAUAUGCAUCUGUUGGUCACAGAUACUAUACCUUAAAACAAAAAAGGAUAGGGGCGUGGAUCAGAAAACCAGUCAGUAUCUGGUGUGACCGCCAUUUGCCUCAUGCAGCGUGCCUCAUCUCCUUCGCAUGGAGUUGAUCAGGCUGUUGAUUGUGGCCUGUGGAAUGUUGUCCCACUCCUCUUCAAUGGCUGUGUGCGAAGUUGCUCGAUAUUGGCAGGAACUGGAACACGUUGUCGUACAUGUCGAUCCAGAGCAUCCCAAACGUGCUUAAUAGGUGAGUAUGCAGGCAAUGGAAGAACUGGGACAUUUUCAGCUUCCAGGAAUUUUGUACAGGUCCUUUGACAUGGGGCCGUGCAUUAUCAUGCUGAAACAUGAGGUGAUGGCGGCGGAUGAAUGGCACGACAAUGGGCCUCAGGAUGUCGUCAUGGUAUCUCUGUGCAUUCAAAUUGCCAUCGAUAAAAUGCAAUUGUGUUUGUUGUCCGAAGCUUAUGCCUGCCCAUACCAUAACUCCACCGCCAGCAUGCGGCACUCUGUUCAAAACGUUGACAUCAGCAAACCACUCGCCCACACAACGCCGUAGACGUGUCUGCGGUUGUCAGGCCGAUUGGACGUACUGCCAAAUUCUCUAAAACGACAUUGAAAGUGGCUUAUGGUAGAGAAAUUAGCAUUCAAUUAUCUGGAAACAGUUCUGGUGGACAUUCCUGCACUAAGCAUGCAAAUUGCACGCUCCCUCAAAACUUGAUACAUCUGUGGCGUUGUGUGACAAAACUGCACUUUUUUUUUUUCAGCACAAGGUGCACCUGUGUAAUGAUCAUGCUGUUUAAUCAGCUUCUUGAUAUUAUCUUGGCAAAUGAGAAAUGCUCACAAACAGGGAUGUAAACAAAUUUGUGCACAGAAUUUGAGAGAAAUAAGCUGUUUUUGCGUAUGGAACAUUUCUGGGAUCUUUUAUUUCAGCUCAUGAAACAUGGGACCAACACUUUACAUGUUGCGUUUAUGUUUUUGUUCAGUAUAUUUUCUAUUUUAAAAUCAUUUUAUUUAAUUAUUUCAUAUAUUUUACAUGUGAUUAGACCAGAGAGAGGACCAGAGAUAAUUACAAACACCUGUGAUAAUCUGAAGUACCCAAAAGGGCCAGUUAAAAAUAAUUCUGGUAGUUUACUGGUAAACUUUGAAAGUUUCCUCCCUUUGCAACUCUGGUCUCUAUAGUCUCUCUCUAAACUGAGAUGAUGAGUUGUGUUGACAGUUAAACGUGUUGUUAUUGUGAUUGUUUGAAAGGAUGAUCGUUAUAAAAUAUAUUAUGCCGUAACCUCCAUAACUGAAAGUGUGUCCCUCUGUCUCUGUGUAGGUGAUUCCUGUGAACCAGGCUGGAGCUCCGAUAGGAGAGCUCCCCUUCACUAGGACUGGCCUGCUGGGUUUCGUAGGACCGGUAAGAUAGAAAGACAGUCAUUUCAGUCCCUACCUAACCUAUUCAGUCUAAAGCUAUGCUCGACUACUUUAUAUCAUCAAAACAUGUCAAUUUAGAAUAGAGUUUUGGUGUCUCUGUGUCUGUUGAUGUCCAGAGAAUGAAAAUAAAUUGUGACAUUGCUUUGUGACCUUCUGCUAUUUCCCUCCCUCCCUCCACAGGGCAGUCUGGUGUUUGUAGUGGGGAAGAACGAGGGGCUCUUGAUGGUCAGUGGUAGACGACACAAUGCCGACGACUUGGUGGCCACAGCCCUGGCCGUGGAGCCUGUCAAAACUGUCUACAGAGGGAGGUGAGUGUGUCAGGAGCACAGCGCUCUCGUGUGUUCUGCAGUCUUGUUUUGCUGUGGUGGCAAGGUGUGACAGUGCAUUGUCUGUGGAGCCUGUCAAAACAGGUGAGUGCCACAGUCCUUCUGGUGUGCUGUGCUGUUUUGCUGAGGUGUUAUGGUGUGAGAGUGUGCCGUGUUUUCUUGUCACUCCCUCUCCCCAGGGGGGUGGAUCACUGUGUGCUCUGUGACAGUGGUCUCUGGUGUAAGAGUAGGUUGUUAUUGUGGGUUGUGUGUGUUAUUGCUGACGGACUCUCUCUCUCUCCCCGGUGUAGGAUCGCUGUGUUCUCAGUAACGGUGUUCUAUGAUGAGAGGAUAGUGAUUGUAGCAGAACAAAGACCAGACGCUAGUGAAGAGGACAGCUUCCAGUGGAUGAGCAGAGUCCUACAGGUACAUUAUAUACAUGUGUUCUCUCCUCUAUAAAUAUAUCUAUCUCAGUGCUAAAGAUAGAAUACAUAUUGUCUCAUAUCUACUACAGGUACAUAGUAUUAUCUAUCCUUCCAUCUAUUUAUCAUCUACCUCCACUUGUCCAACUCACCCCACGCCAUUUUUCUUUUAUAACCAAUCUCCAUAUGUUUCUUUCUAGUUAUCUAUCAGUGUGCACUUUUUAGGUUAAAGGUGCAAUAUGCAGAAAUCGCUCCGCCAUUUCCUGGUUGCUAAAACUCUAAUAGUUUGCCUAAUUUCAGUUUAUGUGGCGAAACAAGCUAGGAUAGUGUAGAGAAUCAUUGUACCAUAUAAACUGCUGUGAAAUAUAUUUUCCAUAACCAAAAAUAUUGUAUUUUCAGCUGUUUGAAGCUGGUGUACAAAACCGAAAGUAAAAAAACUCCAAAACAAAACUUAAGAACAGGAAGCAUAGAAACAGCUCACAUAGAACAGAUCUAAUGCUUCUUAGACUUGCUUUCAAUAAGAAUGACAGAUCAAUACCUCACAUUUCUAUGUGAAUUUGGUUGACACAUUGCAGCUUUAAGUUAGUAGUAGUACAUCAAGGCGAUCAGACAGUACAUUAACAGUAGGCCCUAUGAUGUGUGUUCUGUCUUCUAUAUGUCUGUACUGCCUGGCCCUGGUCCCGGCCAACACGUUACCCUGUUAUAGCUAGCACCCCUAACAGCAGUGCAUACAGUACUGGCAUCACAUAAACAGAAUAUCAUGUGGUUUUCCUCUACAGGCCAUAGACAGUAUCCACCAGGUGGGUCUGUAUUGCCUGGCCCUGGUCCCGGCCAACACAUUACCCAAGACCCCCCUGGGAGGGAUCCACAUCUCUGAGACCAAACAGAACUUCCUAGAGGGGAACCUGCACCCCUGUAACAUCCUCCUCUGUCCACACACCUGUGUUACCAACCUGCCCAAACCACGGCAGAAACAACCAGGUAUUGGUGUGUGUGUGACUGUCUAAUAAUGACUGUCGAUAUCUCUGACACAGUGACAUUUGACACUGUAGUAGGUGUGUAUCGCUAACCCUCCUCUCCUCUGUGUACUAAAGUUGGAGUGGGCCCGGCCUCCAUCAUGGUUGGUAACCUGGUAGCAGGGAACAGAAUGGCCCAGGCUGCAGGCAGAGAGCUGGGGGUGGUGGAGGAAGAGGGCCUGGUCAGGAAGGUAAGACACCACUGAGCCGAGCCAAGCUGUACUGGGCAGAGAGGUAUGGUUGGUGUCGGCCCUACGGUGUGAAACAGACAGUACAGUACAAGCUCUACAGUCUGUCUUCGCUUCUCACCAACACUAAGAAUGGAGCACGUCACAGCUGCUUUUACCAGCAUUCACCAAAUCGUAUUUACCGUAUAACAGAAGCGUUGUUCUGUCUCUACUCCAUUGUAUGUGGCCCCCCACGAUGGUAAGAGUUUAGCAGACAUACCUGCCACAGUAAGGCUGCUUCUGUCAGAUGUGCUGCAUUACAGUGACUGUGUAUUAUGUCUGCACCCCUGUAACUGUGAGCAGAUCAAUGGUGUGCACCCCUGUAACCGUGAGCAGAUCAAUGGUGUGCACCCCUGUAACUGUGAGCAGAUCAAUGGUGUGCACCCCUGUAACUGUGAGCAGAUCAAUGGUGUGGACCCCUGUAACCGUGAGCAGAUCAAUGGUGUGCACCCCUGUAACUGUGAGCAGAUCAAUGGUGUGCACCCCUGUAACUGUGAGCAGAUCAAUGGUGUGCACCCCUGUAACCGUGAGCAGAUCAAUGGUGUGCACCCCUGUAACUGUGAGCAGAUCAAUGGUGUGCACCCCUGUAACUGUGAGCAGAUCAAUGGUGUGCACCCCUGUAACUGUGAGCAGAUCAAUGGUGUGCACCCCUGUAACGGUGAGCAGAUCAAUGGUGUGCACCCCUGUAACUGUGAGCAGAUCAAUGGUGUGCACCCCUGUAACUGUGAGCAGAUCAAUGGUGUGCACCCCUGUAACUGUGAGCAGAUCAAUGGUGUGCACCCCUGUAACUGUGAGCAGAUCAAUGGUGUGCACCCCUGUAACCGUGAGCAGAUCAAUGGUGUGCACCCCUGUAACCGUGAGCAGAUCAAUGGUGUGCACCCCUGUAACGGUGAGCAGAUCAAUGGUGUGCACCCCUGUAACGGUGAGCAGAUCAAUGGUGUGCACCCCUGUAACUGUGAGCAGAUCAAUGGUGUGCACCCCUGUAACCGUGAGCAGAUCAAUGGUGUGCACCCCUGUAACUGUGAGCAGAUCAAUGGUGUGCACCCCUGUAACCGUGAGCAGAUCAAUGGUGUGCACCCCUGUAACUGUGAGCAGAUCAAUGGUGUGUGUGUGUUAUUACUGUGCUGCAAGCCUGCUAUUGUACUCCCUCCCCAGCCGUCCUGUUUCUGUCCACUAGUCUGUGGUUAUCUUCUCCCCUAAUGGGUGGAUCCCUAGCCUUGCUUGCCAGAAUGAGCCUAUUACUAGUAGUUAUCCCCAAUCUCAAAGGCCUGACCCACACUCUCUCCUCUCAGCACCAGUUCCUGUCUGAAGCGCUACAGUGGAGAGCCCAGAGCGACCCUGACCAUGUCCUGUAUGUGCUGCUCAACGCUAAGGUAGCAUGGUCACACCUCUUUAGAUAUUCCCAUUUCUUAUGCGCCUGUAUGUUUUAACAUAUGACUGUGGAGGUGGUGAUGAGUAACCUUGCCUAAGAUUUGCGUUGGCUACCCUAGCUAAUGCCUAGGGCCUAGGCUUUAGCUGAGUGGGCUAAUACAGCCGUGUCUUACCACCUCUGUCUUCCAGGGGGCAGCAGUGUGCACAGCCACAUGUGUUCAGCUGCAUAAGAGAGCAGAGAAGAUAACCUCAGCCCUGAUGGAGAGAGGAGGCCUCAACACUGGAGACAACGUGGUGCUGCUAUACCCCCCUGGUAAAUUGAAUGAUCAACACACACACACACACACACACACACACACACACACACUUCACACCUAUAGCUACUAUGGCUGCCCAUCCUCACCUAUACAAUUUUAGCCUUAGAAUAGUCAGUUAAAUGCUAUUGUUAACAGUCCUCCCCUCUCCCUCGGUCUCCUCCCCCACCCUUCUUCCUUUCUCUCUCUUUGUCUCCUCUCCCUCCCUCCCUCCCUCCCUCCCUCCCUCUCUCUCACCAGGCAUUGAUCUGAUAGCUGCGUUCUAUGGCUGUCUGUAUGCGGGGUUGAUCCCUGUAACAGUGCGGCCCCCUCACCCCCAGAACCUGGCUGCUACUCUGCCCACCGUCCGCAUGAUCAUCGACGUGAGUCAACUACAGCCACCAAGAUGUUUUCACAUAACCGCUUUAUGAAAGAUGCUAGGCCUCAAAAUACACAAACAUAUGUUUGUGCUAUGAAAACCUUAGUAACUGCUUUGCUAACUGCUGAAAACUUUGGUAACUGCUGAAAUUAUCUUGGAAAUUAUUUUUUCAAAUUCCUCCCUGUUUGUCUGUGUGUGUUGCAGGUGAGUAAAGCUGCAUGUAUCCUAACCACCCAGCUCCUCAUGAGGAUCCUCCGGUCCAGAGAGGCUGCUGCCAGCGUCAACAUCAAGACCUGGCCCACUAUCAUAGACACAGGUACUGUGGGCAAAUCCCAAAUGACACCCAUGACACACUAUUUUCACAUAAUAGUGCACUACUUUCGACCAGAGCCACAUAGGGUAGUGUACACUAUACAGGGGUUAGGUCACUAGGGUGUCAUUUGAGAGAGGUUUCAAGUUGAUUUUUCAUGUGUAAUGAAUACAUUGGAGAUGUUCCUUUUAACUGAUGGACUCUGUUUGCCUUCUCUCUGUGGGUGUCCUUUCUAGACGACCUCCCCAGGAGGCGCCCCCCCCAGCUCUACAAGCCCCCCACAGCAGAGAUGCUGGCCUACCUGGACUUCAGUGUGUCCACCACAGGCAUGCUGACCGGGGUCAAGGUAAGGGCAUUACAGUAGCAUGUACACACCUAGAUACUAUGUCCAUCUCAGGAGAAAUGAUCACACAGACAUUAUUUUGCCUGUUGAAAUGCAUCUUGUUUCUCUCUCCUUUCACACUCACUCUCUCUCUCUCUCUCUCUGUCUGGCUCUCUCUCUCAUUUGUUUCUCUCUGUCUCUGUCUCUCUCUCUCUCUCUCUGUUUCUGUCUCUCUAUCUCUCUGUCUCUAUCUCUCUGUCUCUAUCUCUCUAUCUCUCUGUCUCUGUCUCUCUGUGCUGUGUGUGUCAGAUGUCCCACUCAGCGGUCAGUACUCUGUGUCGCUCCAUCAAGCUACAGUGUGAGCUCUACUCCUCACGCCAAAUAGCCAUCUGUCUGGACCCCUACUGCGGCCUGGGCUUCGUACAGUGGUGCCUCUCCAGGUAAGACACACAGAUGGGCUGCGAUGAUUUCACCUACAUUUGUGUAAUCUUUGAUCUUGCCCAGUCUUCUCUAUGCCGCUUCUAUGUAGCUCCUAUGUAGUUCUGUGAUCUAGUGUUGUUGGCAAUGCGGCUGAUCUCUAUUGAGCAGAAAAGUGACAGCAGCUUUUUACAUUGUGUAAUGACUAGAGAAAGUUCUAUAUAUUGUGUGUGUGUAGUGUGUACUCGGGUCACCAGUCCAUCCUGAUCCCCCCUAUGGAGUUGGAGAUGUCCUUACCUCUGUGGCUGAGCACCCUGAGCCAGUACAAGAUCAGAGACACCUUCUGUUCCUACUCUGUCAUGGAGCUCUGCACCAAGGGCCUGGGUACACAGACCGACGCUCUCAAGGUGAGGAACACACACACACACACACAGUCUACCGCCAAUGGCUAGAAAUGUGUUGGUUCCAGAAUCAGAAAUCUGUCAACUGUAUCCUGUACACACACCAGAGGAGGCUGGUGGUAAGUGUAAUGUCUAGGAGUCUCCACCCUUUGUGUGUGCAGGCGCGGGGUGUGAACCUGUCAUGUGUGAGGAGCUGUGUGGUGAUAGCAGAGGAGCGUCCCCGGCUGGUCCUGACCCAGUCCUUCUCCAAGCUGUUUAAAGACCUGGGCCUCUCCCCCCGCGCUGUCAACACAGCUUUCGGAUCCAGGGUCAACCUAGCCAUCUGCUUGCAGGUGGGCCCCAGCACACACAGGCACGCACGCACAAACACAUGCAGGUAGUCGCAAAACAUGCAUACACACACACACACACACACACAGCUGGAUCUAAACAACGAUGAUGGUGACUCAUUUUGACUUUUUAGAUGAACAAUCACUAACUUCCCUUUCUGUUUCUCUGCAAGGGUACUGCUGGACCAGACCCCUCCACCGUCUAUGUAGACAUGAAGUCCCUCCGCCAUGACAGGUAAGGAUAGCUAGCGGACAUCACUAAGGUUUUUACCCAGGGUUUUUCCUGGUCAGGUCACAUGGUCAUGUAUAACCGCACGUCAGAGAAUGGAGACAGUCAGUCUGUCUGUCUGUGUUUUCCAGGGUGAGGUUGGUGGAGCGAGGAGCCCCCCAGAGUCUUCCCCUCAUGGAGUCAGGCACUGUAAGCAAAUGGCACUGAGAUGACUAAAGCUUACCGUGUGCUUCUCAGUCUAAACAGUUCACUCAUAUAUUAUGACAUUUUGUGACGUUUUGGUCUUCGGCAAUAUUUUUUUGGGCUGUUCGUGAGGCAAGUCGAAGUUCGGUAGCCGAAGUCUAAUCCCCUUCGUCUAUGAUUGUUCAACAGUACUACUCCUAGUAGGAGUGGGAACAUGAAGUGUUUGUUGUCACUCAACAAGAGACAACUAAUUUUCAUGCAAAUUGUUUCACUUGAGAAAUACUGCACCAAACAUCUUAAUGACUAAGACCUUCAAAAUUAAUGACAGAUUUCUUGAUUUAUCUUAGAUUAAUUUGGACUAUUUUGAAGGAGUGUUUCUGGUUAAGUUGUUGCUACGGUGGCUCAAGAGGGAUAAACAACAGUAAUAUUGCUGUUUUUCAAGCGACGGUCUUUAGGGAGUAUGAGAGCACAGACGGUUGCUUCGCCUAGCCGAGUUCUGCUAGGAGCAAACCAAACCUAUGUAUGAGGAAGCCUUUAGACUGUGUUUUGACCUCUUGCCUCUAGUGAAACUUCCUCUUGUGUCAGUGGGGUUGUCAACUAAACCUUAUCUCCCUGUCUGCAGAUUCUUCCAGGGGUGAGGGUGAUCAUCGUGAACCCAGAGACCAGAGGUCCGCUGGGGGACUCUCAUCUAGGAGAGGUGAGUGUGAAGACACCACAGAGGACCAGGUGGUGGGGAUGUAUGGUCAAGUUGAAAGGGGUUUGCUGUGAGACUAUUGUAGCGAAGACUUCUCCUUUUGUACUCUACAAUCAUUUAACCCCAUCACCUUGCUCUACUACGACCUACUCAAUAUAUUUAGCCUGUUGUCUUUCUCUAUCUCUCACCCUGGUUAAUGACUGUCUCUUCUGUUCUUCAGAUCUGGGCUCAGAGCCCCUAGCUACUACACGAUACACUGAGUAUACCAAACAUUAGGAACACCUUCCUAAUAUUGAGUUGCACCCCCCCAUUUGCCCUCAGAACAUCCUCAAUUCGUCGGGGCAUGGACUCUACAAGGUGUCGAAAGCGUUCCACAGGGAUGCUGGACCAUGUUGACUCCAAAGCUUCCCAUAGUUGUGUCACGUUGGCUGGAUGCCCUUUGAGUGGUGGACCAUUCUCGAUACACACAGGAAACUGUUGAGCGUGAAAAACCCAGCAGCAUUGCAGUUCUUGACACAAACCGGUGUGCCUGGCACCUACUACCAUACCCCAUUCAAAUGCACUUCCAUCUUGUCUUGCCCAUUCACCCUCUGAAUGGCACACAUACACAAUCCACGUCUCAAUUGUCUGAAGGCUUAAAAAUCCUUCUUUAAACUGUCUCCUCCCCUUCAUCUACACUGAUUGAAGUGGAUUUAACAAGUGACAUCAAUAAGGGAUCAUAGCUUUCACCUGCUAUUCUACACAUUAUGCCAUCGGGUGGAGAGAAAUGUUUGCAAUAUGAGACUAACUAAAUCAAUGGGGGGCCCCCUGGUCGGUAAUUCGAUCAUGAUUACUAAGUUUAGAUAGUUUAGCUGCCAGCUAACUUAGCAAUUAUUAAUUUUUUUAGCUUACUUGGGCUAAUUGACUGACUAUCAGUGACUGACAUGAGGAAAAACUGCUGAUGCACAACCAAAUUUCGAAAUGUCACCUUGUGUAUUCUACUAUUCUAACUAUCUACAGGAAGUUGAGACCUCGACUGAGUUCCAAUUAGUAUUAUUUGUAUAUAUACAGUACCAGUCAAAAGUUUGGACACCUACUCAUUCAAGGGUUUGUCUUUAUUUUUACUAUUUUCUACAUUGUAGAAUAAUAGUGAAGACAUCAAAACUAUGAAAUAACACAUAUGGAAUCAUGUAGUAACCAAAAAAGUGUUAAACAAAUCAAAAUGUAUUUUAUAUUUGAGAUUCUUCAAAUAGCCACCCUUUGCCUUGAAGACAGCUUUGCACACUCUUGGCAUUCUCUCAACCAGCUUCACCUGGAAUGCUUUUCCAACAGUCUUGAAGGAGUUCCCACAUAUGCUGAGCACUUGUUGGCUGCUUUUCCUUCACUCUACGGUCUAACUCAUCCCAAACCAUCUCAAUUGGGUUGAGGUCGGGGGAUUGUGGAGGCCAGGUCAUCUGAUGCAGCACUCCAUCACUCUCCUCCUAGGGCGGCAGGUAGCUUAGUGGUUAAGAGCGUUGUGCCAGUAACCGAAAGGUCGCUGGUUCUAAUCCCCGAGCCGACUAGGUGAAAAAUCUGUCGAUGUGCCCUUGAGCAAGGCACUUAACCCUAAUUGCUCCUGUAAGUCGCUCUGGAUAAGAGCGUCUGCUAAAUGACCAAUUAUUAUUAUUAUUAUUAUUAUCCUUGGUCAAAUAGCCCUUACACAACCUGGAGGUGUGUUGGGUCAUUGUCCUGUUGAAAAACAAAUGAUAGUCCCACUAAGCCCAAACCAGAUGGGAUGGCGUAUCGCUGCAGAAUGCUGUGGUAGCCAUGCUGGUUAAGUGUGCCUUGAAUUCUAAAUAAAUCACUGACAGUGUCACCAGCAAAGCACCAUCACAACUCCUCCUCCAUGCUUCACGGUGGGAACCACACAUGCGGGGAUCAUCCGUUAACCUACUCUGCGUCUCACAAAGACACGGCGGUUGGAAUCAAAAACUCAUAUUUGGACGCAUCAGACCAAAGGACAGAUUUCCACUGCCCAUUGCUCGUGUUUCUUGGCCCAAGCAAGUCUCUUCUUCUUAUUGGUGUCCUUUAGUAGUGGUUUCUUUGCAGCAAUUCGACCAUGAAGGCCUGAUUCACGCAGUCUCAUCUGAACAGUUGAUGUUGAGUUGUGUCUGUUACUUGAACUCUGUGAAGCAUUUAUUUGGGCUACAAUCUGAGGUGCAGAUGAACUUAUCCUCUGCAGCAGAGGUAACUCUGGGUCUUCCUUUCCUGUGGCGGUCCUCAUGAGAGCCAGUUUCAUCAUAGCGCAUGAUGGUUUUUGGGACUGCACUUGAAGAAACUUUCAAAGUUCUUGACAUUUUCCAGAUUGACUGACCUUCAUGUCUUAAAGUAAUGAUGGACUGUCGUUUCUCUCUGCUUAUUUGAGAUGUUCUUGCCAUAAUAUGGACUUGGUCUUUUACCAAAUAGGGCUAUCUUCUGUAUACCCCCCCCCUACCUUAUCACAACACCACUGAUUUGGCUCAAACACAUUAAGAAGGUAAGAAAUUCCACAAAUUAACUUUUAAGAAGGCACACCUGUUAAUUGAAAUGUAUUCCAGGUGUCUACCUCAUGAAGCUUGUUGAGAGAAUGCCAAGAGUGUGCAAAGCUGUCAUCAAGGCAAAGGGUGGCUACUUUGAAAAAUCUUAAAUAUAUUUUGAUUUGUUUAACACUUUUUUGGUUACUACAUGAUUCCAUAUGUGUUAUUUCAUAGUUUUGAUGUCUUCAAUAUUAUUCUACAAUGUAGAAAAUAGUAAAAAUAAAGAAAAAUCCUUGAAUGAGUAGGCGUGUCCAAACGUUUGACUGGUACUGUAUAUAAAGACAUAAACAAUUAUUUAUUUAUUUGUUUGGAAUUGUUCUGAGGGCCUUCAAAAGGGGGACCACCAGUUGCCCAUAUCUGAUGCAGAGGAUGAUGAAACCCUCUCACUCUCUGUUUAGAUCUGGGUUCAGAGUCCCCACAGUUCCAGUGGUUACUACACCAUCUAUGGAGAGGAGAGCUUGCAGGCGGACCAUUUCAACACGCGGCUGAGCUUCGGGGAGCCCCACACCCUGUGGGCCAGGACAGGAUACUUGGGUUUCGUCAAGAGGACAGAGCUACUGGGUGCCACUGGAGGUUAGGGACUCUUAUAAUGUAACCAUCCUAGCAUUUAGCAUGUUAUGGACUCUCCCAAGUGAGAUAUCUUUCUUGGGUUUGUGGUCAUUCUCACCCCCAGCGGUUGCUACACCAAACCAAUCUGAAGAGUUGUUCUGUUUAGUUGUACAAGGCAUGUUCAUUCUGUUUUAGGAUCAUCUCACCUAAUGUCAUUUAUGCAGGUGAAAGGGGGUAGAUUGUGCUUUCAAACCAACCUGAUUUUUAAAGGCCCAGUGCAGUCAAAAAUGUGAUUUUCCUGUGUUUCUUGUAAAUGUAUUUUAUUUUAUUGUCACAUACACUAGAUAGGUGCAGUGAAUGAGGUUGGUAUAAUACUGUGAAAUUGCGAAAAUGAUGAUAAUGCCCUUUUAGUGUAAGAGCUGUUUGAAAAGAUCGCCUGAAAUUUCAGCCUGUUUUGUUGGGAUGGAGCUUUGGCCUGCCUGGUGACAUCACUAGGCGGUAAAUUGGUUCAUAGACCAAUAAGAAAGAGAGCUCCAAACCGGUCUGCCAAUAACGGCUAGUUUUCACUUAUCCCCUCCCAACUCAGACCACUCCCAGACAGUCUUAGCUAAGUUCUUGCUUGGGAAAUUGCUCUUUGCUAUGAAGCUAUUUUUGUUUAUUUUUUACAAUUUUAAUUGAAAGCAAUCACAUUAAGGUACUUAAUUGUUACCCGGAAAUGAUUUGAUAUUGAGAUAAAAACGGCUCCAUUGGAUGUUGGGUUUCUAAGCAGUCUGUGUUGAUGACUAUCUAUUUUCUCUCCUGAUCCGUCUGCCUUCCCUUCAGAUCGUCAUGACGCUCUGUUUGUGGUGGGCCAGCUGGAUGAGACGCUGGAGCUCAGGGGGCUUCGAUACCACCCCAUCGACAUCGAGACCUCUGUGUCCCGGGCACACCGCAGCAUUGCUGAGAGGUGAUACACCAGUCUGUUCUGUUGUCUGCUCAAACACACACUGUACAUACAGUACCAGUCUAAAGUUUGGACACACCUACUCAUUCCAGGGUAUUCUUUAUUUGUACUAUUUUCUACAUUGUAGAAUAAUAGUGAUGACAUCAAAACUAUGAAAUAACACAUAUGGAAUCAUGUAGUAACCAAAAAAGUGUUAAACAAAUCAAAAAAUAUUUGAGAUUCUUCAAAUAGCCACCCUUUGCCUUGAUGACAGCUUUGCACGCUCUUGGCAUUCUCUCAACCAGCAUCAUGAGGUAGUCACCUGGAAUGCAGUUCAAUUAACAGGUGUGCCUUCUUAAAAGUUAAUUUGUGGAAUUUCUUACCUUCUUAAUGCGUUUCAGCCAAUCAGUUGUGUUGUGACAAGGUAGGGGGGGUAUACAGAAGAUAUCCCUAUUUGGUAAAAGACCAAGUCCAUAUUAUGGCAAGAACAGCUCAAAUAAGCAAAGAGAAACGACAGUCCAUCAUUACUUUAAGACAUGAAGGUCAGUCAAUACGGAAAAUGUCAAGAACUUUUAAAGUUUCUUCAAGUGCAGUCGCAAAAACCAUCAAGCGCUAUGAUGAAACUGGCUCUCAUGAGGACCACGACAGGAAUGGAAGACCCAGAGUUACCUCUGCUGCAGAGGAUAAGUUCAUUAGAGUUACCAGCCUCAGAAAUUGUAACAGACACAUCUCAACAUCAACUGUUCAGAGGGGACUGUGUGAACCAGGCCUUCAUGGAUUUGCUGCAAAGAAACCACUACUAAAGGACACCAAUGGACAUUAGACCGGUGGAAAUCCUUUGGUCUGGAGUCCAAAUUUGAGAUUUUGGGUUCCAACCGCCGUGUCUUUGUGAGACGCGGUGUGGGUGAACAGAUGAUCUCCGCAUGUGUAUUUCCCACCAUAAAGGAUGGAGGAGGAGGUGUUAUGGUGUGGGGGUGCUUUGCUGGAGACACUGUCUGUGAUUUAUUUAGAAUUCAAGGCACACUUAACCAGCAUGGCUACCACAGAUUUCUACAGCGAUACGCCAUCCCAUCUGGUUUGGGCUUAGUGGGACUAUCAUUUGUUUUUCAACAGGACAAUGACCCAACACACCUCCAGGCUGUGUAAGGGCUAUUUUACCAAGAAGAAGAGUGAUGGAGUACUGCAUCAGAUGACCUGGCCUCCACAAUCCCCUGACCUCAACCCAAUUGAGAUGGUUUGGGAUGAGUUGGACCGCAGAGUGAAGGAAAAGCAGCCAAAAAGUGCUCAGCAUAUGAGGGAACUCCUUCAAGACUGUUGGAAAAGCAUUCCAUGUGAAGCUGAUUGAGAGAAUGCCAAGAGUGUGCAAAGCUGUCAUCAAGGCAAAGGGUGGCUAUUUGAAGAUUCUCAAAUAUAAAAUAUACUUUGAUUUGUUUAACACUUUUUUGUUUACUACAUGAUUCCAUAUGUGUUAUUUCAUAGUUUUGAUGUCUUCACUAUUAUUCUACAAUGUAGAAAAUAAAGAAAAACCCUUGAAUGAGUAGGUGUGUCCAAACUUUUGACUGGUACUGUAUAUGCUUCACUAGGUGUAUUGUAACAUGAUAUGACUGUUGUGGUCUCUCUCCCAGAGCUGUAUUUGACAGUGACAUAUACUGUAUCUAGUAUAAACCCACAUGCUUGGUUUCCUUGGUGAUGAGUAAGAACUGGAAGGGUACACCGUGCUCUAACCCACUGAACCAUUGGAACCAGUUGAAUGUUGAACUUGAUGGGUGACUGUCUCUCUCUCUCUCCAAAGUGCUAUGUUCACGUGGACGGCUGAAUGUUAACUUGAUGGGUGACUGUCUUUCCACAGUGCUGUGUUUACGUGGACCGCUGAAUGUUAACUUGAUGGGUGACUGUCUCUCUCUCUCUCCAAAGUGCUAUGUUCACAUGGACGGCUGAAUGUUAACUUGAUGGGUGACUGUCUCUCUCUCUCUCCAAAGUGCUAUGUUCACAUGGACGGCUGAAUGUUAACUUGAUGGGUGACUGUCUCUCUCUCUCUCCAAAGUGCUAUGUUCACAUGGACGGCUGAAUGUUAACUUGAUGGGUGACUGUCUCUCUCUCUCUCUUCUCCAAAGUGCUAUGUUCACAUGGACCGCUGAAUGUUAACUUGAUGGGUGACUGUCUCUCUCUCUCUCUCUCUCUCUCUCUCUCUCCACAGUGCUGUAUUCACAUGGACCGCUGAAUGUUAACUUGAUGGGUGACUGUCUCUCUCUCUCUCUCUCUCUCUCUCUCCACAGUGCUGUGUUCACGUGGACCAACUCCUGGUGGGUGGCAAGCUGCCGUCGGCUCCUCGGAUCUUCCUGUCCUUGGCUGCAUGUUCUACAGGACACCACCUGAUGUUUGUGGUGGUCAUCGUUCCGGGGGUCAUACCUCACUCUCGGGGAGAAACAGAGGAUGCACUCGACUGUUCCUGGCGACACUGGACCCAUAAUGUUAAACUUGAUGUGGUGACGGGGCCCGGCCCCAUACACACGGGGUGUGCUGGUUGGGAUCCACGGGUUAGAUGGCAACCCUGGGACGUAGUGGCAGGGGACCGGGGGUGUAGGAGGCAUGGACCCUGGUGCUGUGGUGGCUAAGGGGUCCUGGAUGGGGAUGCAGACCGAUUGGGGUGUGGUGGCAUGGGACCCGGGGGUGAUGCUCAAUCCUGGGAUGAGAGCAGGGAUGCACUCGGGUGUAGGAUCUAUGGCGAUCCAGCUGGGCAUCUACGGGCCUAUACAUGUGGUG